UAAACAGUAGAAGACAGUUCAAUUGUUCCCUUAGAGGUGUAUCAAUUAGUUUUUGUACCUAUAUUUCAAUAGAAUCGAUCACAACUAAACAUUUUUAUGAAAGUGCGUUUAAGUUAAAUUUGUUAUAGUUUACUUAUUUGCAUUUACGGUUUCCUACUGUGAUUAAUAGUAAAGUUAAUACGUGAUGUGCGAAUUGUGAUGCAGUUUUUUAUUAAUUAAUUUUAUUAUGCAUUUUCAGUAAUCUUCGAGUUUGACAUAGUGCGUAAUUAUGUUUAGCUGUACUGUCAACUGCGUGUAUUGUUUGUGUUAUGGGUUGUUUUCAAAUAUGGGGGCAUCAUAACCUAAAAAUCGAUACUGAGGGUGAUUCACAGACGGGCCACCAGAGUGCAGCAGCUGACCGAGGGACGAUCAGCUGAUCGACAUGGCUGCCAACCCGAACAAUCCGACAAUCCGAGCCGACUGUCAGGAGUGUAAACGGCACUUCCUGGCCAUCGCAGCCGUCGUGGUCUGUCUGGCCGGAUGUCUGUUGGUCCUAAAAGUCGACAAAGAGAUCAUCGUAGAUGACAAGCAGGAACCAGUGGUGGCUACAAAGCUAGCGGGGCUCGUGCUGGCUAGGGGCGGAAGUAAAGGACUACCAGGAAAGAAUUUGGCUUUAGUCAACAAUCAUACUCUUCUAGCAAGGGCUGUUACAGCAAUGCUUCACUCCAAUUGUUUUGAUGAGAUUUGGGUAUCAACUGAAGACAAAGAGAUUGCCGAGGAGGCGCUACGAGCCGAGGCCAACGUCCACGAGAGGCCGAGGUCAGUCGCCGAGGACAACACAACCUCAAUAGAGGCUGUGAGAGAAUUCGUAGACAGACACCCAGACGUAAAGUUGGUAGGCCUGGUGCAGUGCACGUCGCCCUUCAUCAAGGCCGAAUGGUUGCGACAAGCUUGUCUUAUGAUUGCGACCCAAGGCUACGACUCAGUCUUCUCCGCAACAAGGCAGAAAGGGUUGCGGUGGAAACCUGCUGAAAAUGGGACAGUGAAGGAAGUGAACUUCAAUGCAAGAGACCGUCCACGAAGACAAGACUGGCAUGGGGACCUGGUCGAGAAUGGGAUGUUCUAUUUCGUAACCACAGAUCUGAUUAAACAGAAUAAGCUACAGGGAGGAAGGAUCGGGUAUGUGGAAAUUCCUCACAACUACAGUCUUGAAGUUGACACCCCCCUCGACCUCGUCCUGGCCAGGGCUCUUGCCCCCAUCUUGGACUCUUCGCUGUACACUCCUGAGACAACGACAGUAUCUGAGUAACAUGUUGCUCCAAUGGGAUGUUUCAAGAGAGGAUUUGUAAGGGUGGGAAGGGGUGAGUCAUAAGGGUUAUUCGUUUUCAGCGUUAUUUUUAAUCAAUUCAUAACUCUUCCCACCUAUUACAUCCCCUCCUCACCCUCCUACGUGAUAAAUACGAGUACUUUAUUUUUACUUGUUUUGUCCAGUAACACCAUAUCUUCAGUCGAAACUACGAGGUAUUGAGGUUUGAAUUUAGGGUUAGGGUCGCAGGACUGCUUGGGUGGUUCUUAUUCUGAAGAUAAUCAAAGUUCUUACUCACGCUCUUCAGGCCUGCACAUAAUUUCUACUUAAGGUACAUGUUUGACCUUCAGCUCGAUUAGGAUGAAUUUGUGUUUGUAAAUAUCCAAAUGGGGAUUUUAGUAAACACAAUUUCUAUAGCUUGAUUAGGCCCACUGUAGUAUGCUUUGUUUGACCCGUUUCCUGUAUUUUGUGCUGAAAAUAAAAAUUAGCUUACGAGCUACGGGUCGAGACAAAAUAUUGUGAACUUUUACGAACAUGAGAGAAAUAUUUUCGGUAAAAACUAUGAAUCGAUAAAAAUAUUCGAAAUAGAACUCCCCUUAAGCACUACUAUACAGGAAUAUCGUCGUUUUGUCGUUAUCUAUAUUAACUCCUUGAUUGUUCCCCCUUUACCAACCCUCCCCUUCAUGGAAGAAAUGGUUGUUUUCUGUGUAACUCCUGUUGUAAAAACAAAUUUCUAUGAAAUAUAUCUCAGUUAAGAUAAAACGAUUACGUCAACACGCUGACAGCAUACUUAUUCAGCAUAUUAAUCAUUUUUCUGUCCAUUUGAUGUACUAUGGAAUACCGACCAAGCACUAUAGACUUAAUUUUGAGAAUGUUUUCAUGUUUCAACUCAAGCCAUGUUCUUUGAGUAAAACAUGAAAAUAUUUAAAACUUGCAUAAUACAUUCAUCGGUCUGUCUUACUAUGCUGAAAAGUAUGUCACUCAGGUUUGAACGUAAUCGUGGUAAAACAUAAAAACAACAUUCCGACUCCAUUAGAUUGAUCAGAUCAAUUCUUUCUGGAAAAAAGCAUAACAUAUUAUUAUGUAUGAUGCCUUUUUCUACGAAUAUUUUUAGAAUUACAAUCAAAAAUGUGAAUUAUCUCUCUAAAUUUUGACAGUAAAAUUAAGACCACAUUUUUUAAAUUGAAGGAUCAUAGAGCUAAAAUUAACCUAUAACUUGGAUGAAAUGAUUCAAUCAGGUUUGAAACAAUGUGACUUUUGCAGUUAUAAUGGGGAAAGUUUUUUUAAUAUUACGAAAUCUCACUCAGCUCAUUAUGUUUUGAAUUUAUUCAUUAAUAAUACUAGGAUUUAAAUUUUAACACUAACUAAACUCAACUACUUUUUUGUGAACAUCGUUUCAAAUUAUACCUUUGUGCUUUAAUUUAUGACCAGAUCAGUAGAUUCUAUAGCAUUAAACAAAUAAAAUUGCAUUAAAUUGUAGUUUUUUAAAAUCAAGAAUGAUUUGUAAUUUAAAAUAAGUAAGUUUGACUUAUAAUAAAUCAAUACUAUUGUUAUGUUAUU